UGGGUAAUGGCCGCUCUCACGGUGUAGUUCGGUGCUUAUGAAUUUCUCCGGUAGAGAAAAAUAAGAACCCCGAGACAGAUCGCUCAUUGUUUGAACACAGUCACCCCAAGGAAAGAGACCGGGUGACUCCCUACACCGAGACCCUGUCUCCCGAGACUCUGUGGUUUGAAAGAGUUCUUCCUGAUGGAUACGCCCGAGAGCCCCACCCAGUCCCCACAAUCUCCUGAGGAGGAGGAGAAGGGUCUCUCCGAAAACGAGCUGCUGGAGUCGCCCGAGUCCCCAGAAGAAGUAAACAAGGGAGUUUCGGACAGUGAGCUUUUGAAUGAUGAUGAAAAUGAAGUACAGGAGGGUGGAGGAGACUCAGACUUUGAGGAUGGAGACAGGGUAGCAGCUGGAGGAGAAGAUCCUGAGGAGGUGUCAGACCUGGACGACUACAAGAUGGACAGGGAGGAGAGAGAAGAUUUCCACCAACAAGACCUCGGUUUGACGGUCCGAAGAAGCAGACAGAAUGCUAGCCAGUCUCCUGAAGAGGAAAUCCUUGAGACGCCGAGAUCACCUGAUCCUGACUCGCCAGGGCCAGAACACAAGCGACCUUUCACCCCAGCAGAAGAGGAGCGAGACGAGGAGGAUGAGGCAACCACCAAGUCUGGCCUCGGCCGUGCUGAGCUUGAUGAAGAGGAUGAUGAGGAAGAAGAGAGAAGACGACGGAGGAGGGCGGCGAUGGUAGUGAGUGAUUUGAAGGAUGAAUCUUCCGUGUCCAGAGACCUGGAUGAACAUGAGCUGGAUUAUGACGAGGAGGUUCCAGAAGAGCCGAGUGCUGCUGCACCUGAUGAGGACGAGGCUGAGAAGGGUCCCGCCAGGGAAGAUGGGGAAGAUGAGGAAGAGGAUGAUGAAGAGCAGGAGAAAAGGCGGAAGAGAAAAGAAAGAAAACCAAUUCUGCCUCCAGAUAACAAAGACACACAGCUGAGAAAAUCUGUGGACUCGAGGGAAGGAGGCAGGAGAGAUUCAUUCCCGUGAUAAAAAGAAAGAGGAAGAUGAUGGAGAGAUUGAUGAAGGAG